CCUUCUGAUCAUACAUAACCUCCUGCACUUUCAAGAUUGCACAGCGAAUAUUAUGGGCUGGGUACAUGUUUGGGAAAACGGAGGUCAGCGCCAAUACCAAGUUCACGAUGGUCUGAUGCGGCGUCACUUACCAGACAUUGCCAUGCAAUACCCCCGAUGGAUCGAGCUCACUCGUAUGGCUCAGACUGUCAGUCGCUCCUCGGGCGGACUCCUCCUUUCCAACGAAGCUCUAAGACCUCUCCAGUCGUUUUUCAACACGGCAGAGAAAACAGCAAACAAAGAUGACUUCCCUACGCAUGUGUCCAAUCAUCUGAACGACAUGGUACGGCGAGGCAGCGCAAUACACAAGAUACGGAAUCACUUAACCACAAUAGCGUAUCUAUGUGCUAGAGGACGCGCACCUUCGAUACCGGCCUAUCUCACCUCCUUCGUCGCGCAACAUGCCCAGGAAAUCGUUGCCGAAGACUACCUCCAUUUGCGUCACUGGGAAUACGCUAUCAAGAGUUUGACAAAACUCGGUCCCACGACUGUAGCGUUGAAUGAGCUCAGCCGCGCUCGAAACCUUGGUCCCGGUUAUCCGACUCAUAUCCAACGCCCAUACAGCCCUCCUUACAACUCGAGCAACCCAAACUAUGGCCCCUACGGGUUGAGCAACCUCUGCCGUGGGCGAAGCCCGACCCGAACCGGUCCAAGAUACCGAUCCCGAACAAUGCCACCCAUGAUCUUACCCGCGCAAAUCGCACCGCCCGACUUCCUCGCGAUACCCGCUUCCCGAGGCAUCAUGAGUGGGUUUCCCUCGCCGUCGGUGUUCGCACGGGAUCCGUUGGAAGCUGAAAUUCAGGAGAUGCGGGAUAAUCAGCUCUACCUCGAGGAGCAGGUGGCUCAGUUGCAGGUCGGGCAGCAGGAGCUGGUGGACGAGGUGGUGCAGCAGCAGGUUGCGGGUUACGCGCCGCUUCAGCAGCUUACAUGGCCGUCUUGAGUGUAAUGCGCGAGAACAUCUCCACUACAACAUCUGCUCUUUAGUUCAGAUGCAGGUGGCGCAGGUGGCGCUUUAGGGGCUGCUACAGAUUGGAUGAAUGGUUUCAAGUGAGAUGCAUUCUCUGUGCUUUUCUGUUGGCGCAUGACUUGAUGUUGCUGUUGUGGUGGUUCGGAAUCUAUCACUAUUGCACUUGCCCGGCAACAGAAAACAUGGUUUUCGCAGUGAAUACCUGCUCUGGCUCGCCUGUUCUCUACCUCUAUAUCUAGAUAGUAUCCUCGUAGUUGAUGCAUC